AACAAACAAAACCAGGUACCGAAGCAUGAAGAUCCCAAGAAAAGCACAUUCGAUGGAUGGCGUCUGGCCCAAUCAUCCUUCAGUUAUUUUACAGCACUUUGUGGCUUGUGGGAGCUCUUGUAUGAUAGUUAUAUAUUUUUGUGCUGGCUGAUCACCGUUCCCACUUGAUCUGCCGAGGCUAGCUAGGACCGUCCGAAGCUUUUUGCUCAGGCUUUGAAAACUGCCACCAUUUAUAGGGAAUGUGUGAGGGAAUGGGGCUUUAGCGCUUUGAUUGCCGAUCCAUGUGGUGAGACAUGGAUACAAAAAUAAAUGACCAGUUCAGACAAACCAAGGACGUGUCACUCGGAACCAACACAUCCAUUGUCAAGCAUCAACAACACCUGCAAAGAAUCGAAUUGCUGCUGAGCAUGUCUCCCAAUUGACCUCGUAGAAUUGGCAGCAACCCCAAUAGACAUCGUAGUGUGUACCGGUAUAGCAAGUCUGCUGUCCGCAUUCUGUACCGUACAGUAGCAGAAUAAGAUGAUUCGGUACCAAAAUGUCGUCUCCUUGUUGGUCUGUCUUCGAAUCGUUCAAGCUGGCGGUACCCCCGGCAAAUCAUCCUUCCUCCGCACAAACAAUAAUGCGACACUCACUUCUCGCCGUCUUACCCGAGUCGAUGCGCACACGGUACAACCAUUCGCCGGCGACGAGGUACACACCGUCUGGAUCCAUGGACCGUCUCAUAAGGCACAGCUAGGUGGUUACUGGCCAGGUUUGGGAGAUACCGUCCGAACAUAUCCCGCAGGUCACGCCUGUGAUCCCCAACGCGAUGCCUACACGGGAUAUCACGACAAUGGAGCCUACUGUCAAGUCAUGAAUGAUCACUUUGAAAAGAAUCCACAUUUGGUCGUUCAUAGUGGCAAUCUGGGCAUGGUAUUGGAUGCUUCGGCCGCACAAGAUGGCACUCUGGUACGACAGCUGGGAGCCGUCACGGAAGGGCAGUCUACCGAAGAGAUCUACGAGACUUUACCGUAUUCCAAUGCGUGUGCCACCCUCACACUCAUGUGUACGAAUCUGACGGGCAUUGACUAUUCCGUGACUCUGACAGCCGGACUGGAACCGGACACCAAGGCAAAGUUGGGAUUAAUACGACAAGGUCAUGCCGUGACUCAUAUUGAUGUUCGAGAGCUCCAUUGGCUGGUCAAGGAGACUGGCCAACACUUGCGAAAACCGGAAUGUGACGGAUUACCGGAGGAACCCGUUCAAGAUCCUUCCAAUGAAAACUGCAAUACAGACUAUGGGAUUCCCUACGGGAGGUCUUGUCAGAAUCCAGACUAUCCAAUUUGUGCGGAUCACAUCCAAGGUCAGCAAUGGGGAAAGUGUUAUUCAGAUCCCUCCAUUUGCAAUCUACCCUUUCCCAAACCGUGGCUGGAAACCAUCCUUUGGCCCGACUUGGUGGCAUUUCAUCUUCACUGGAAUGGAACCGAAGGAAUUGCAGAGUAUGGUUGUACCGGACAGGUUCAAUUUUCGGUUGCGCAGGGAGACAAGGUCAUUACCAAGACCGACAGGUUUGAAACGGGAUCUACUCUUGCUGUCCUGCUCACAACCAAAGAGGGAACGUCUGUUCUCCAGGAGAGCUCCAUGGCACCGCAUGACUUGGAUGUCACAAGUACAAAAGCGACGGUAUUGGCGAGAGACUCUUAUCAAGACAUAUUGGUAGACGUCCCACAGACCACGGCACGGUGCGGAUAUCAUUAUUGCGAAAGGGAGGAUAUGAUUGAUGUCAGUGUGGGCAAUCCCAAGGACGAGCCACAAACGAUUCGCCUGAGCUUGACCCGCAAUUUUCCAACCUUUAUGGAGGAUGUGCUUCCCCGCAAUCGCAACCGCAUUGGUGCCGAGAUUACAGGCUUCAACGUCAUUAUCAUGGAUGCAUCAGGGAUUGUGCCACUAGGCAUUCCCGGUCACAUCUCCAAGAACUGGCACCAUGUGGAUGGGUUUAAAAGCUACUAUAGUGGCGUUUGGUGGACUUACAAUGUCUUUCUUCGUUUGCCUCCCAAGGCCAAGAUUGACCUGCAGUUCAAGAUUGUCUAUGAAAAAUACGGUGGAGUCUCUGCUUUUUCUCACGCGCAACUGUCGAUUGUCGGCUACUCCAAUAAGUGGCUUUGGGAAGAAGCUGCGCUGGGGACUGGAGGGGAGAACUUUUGCAUGGAUCCUUUGGGCUCUCAUACGCGAGCCCCCAUUACAGACGUCCGCGUCAAGCUCUUUGAUGGAAAGUGGAAGGAAAACGUCGGUGGUGGCGAGUUUCUUCUCUACUUUGAUGACAAGGGAGUCAUGCAGUCCUCGAAAAAGGGGCUAGAUGCUCAGCUGCACGCCAACGGCCCCUGUCUUUCCAAUGCAACUUACACAUCCGUCACCAUAGAUGGCGCCAUUCAGUCGAGAGUGCAAGUUAGCGGUGGGCGGACUGAUGACCUCGUGCGCAUGUUCAUCCAUCUAAGGUAUACUGUUGUCAACGCUACCCAGUUCUCCCGGUUGGUCUUUUUCCAGAUGGGAUCAGAAACCUACAACAAACACGCAGUGUUUGGCCGCUUUGUCUUUGGAGCGGGAGACCAAGUUACCCACAACUUUGCGCGUACAUGCACGGGGCGAACGGCUUUGUACAGAGAAAAGCUCUACGACAGGCUUGGUGUUUACCGCGAGAAUCUUCCAGCCCACGGUCCUUGGUGGUUUUCAAUGGCUCCGACUGAAGGACCUGCCUACGACGCGGCUUCAGAAACCAUGGUUGUCGGAAAUCGUGGCCUUGUGAUUCGCGAAUUCGAUGCUCGUUUGCAUGGUCAAUCAUUCACGAGCCCUUCCAUCUCUGUUCUUUGCGACAAACUUGAAGUUGGGACGCCCAAAGGAAUUUCGGAGCUCAUCGUCGGAGACUAUGUCGACAUGAAGCUUGAGAUGGUUGUAAACCCACAGAUAGGGGCCGAUUUUGAUGCUGCGCUUUCCAACUCUGGAGGCUCCCGGUCACUGCAAGUGUUGAACAAUCUGCCCGAGCCCUGGGAACGCGUCCAAGCACAAGCAACGUAUCACAUCCAGGUCAGGGAACCCGUUCCUCAGGGCGCUCGUGUCGAGUCGCAGUAUCCCAUUCGAGUGUGCGUGCCCGAUUAUACGGACAGUGUCGAAUUCAAAGUCUUUGGUAAGGCAUUAGGCUAUGUGCCGAUUGUCAUCUGUGGCUUGUCUUCUGCAAGAGUAGAGAAUGGACAGGGACUUUGGUACAAGAUUCAGGGGAAAGACGAUGACUAUACGCUGCUCCAAGAUGCCACUAUCCAUCGACAAGUAAAUUACGACCGAGAAACGGGACGCUACGAGCUCGUUUUCAAUGUGGAAAUCCAGACGGAAGAUCAGUGCACAAUCUUUGCGUUCGUUCCUUCAAACAAUCCCACCUACGUACCGACCGGAGUUCCGAGCAAGGUUCCCACACCGUUGCCGACAACGUCGCCGAGCACCACCCCAACAACUCUCGGCCCGACGACUGGUCCCACAGAUAGUCCAACUUUUCUGCCAACGACUCUCACACCUACUCUCGCCCCCACAAGCGCACCCUUCUUCAGUCCUACGAUAGCACCAACGACAGCCCCAACAGUUGAGCCAACUGAACGCCCAACAACUCUGUCUCCUUCUAUCACCAGCGGGCACCCAAGUGCUUCACCCACCACAGGCAGCCCAACAGGAUUACCCACGGGAUUUCCCAUUGCUGCGCCAACCAAUGCACCUACAGGGACGCCCCUGUCAACGCCUACACGAACACCAACAGGAUCGCCUAGAGCGUUCAACCCUUCCCCGACAACACCCUCGAAAACCGGAGGGAUGUUUGGGGACCCUCAUAUCCUGACUUGGAGUGGCUCCACGUUUGACUUCCAUGGAGCCUGUGAUCUUGUUCUGGCCACAAAUCCCCGACUUGACAUGGAUAUACACGUGCGCACCCGCAUUCACACCUGGUGGAGUUUCAUCUACACGGCAGCGGUGCGAAUUGGCACGGAUACUUUGGAAGUGCAGGGUGGCAAAGACAAGAACCUGUAUUGGAUUAAUGGAAAGGCCGGUGGGCCGAUCGAGCAUGGAACGACUCUGAGCCAGACAAUCUCUGGUUGUCCAAUCCACUUCCGUUGGACCAGCGGUGGGCAGCGUCAGUUUCGUCUGGAUCUCCAUGAUGGCGAUGCUGUCUUCUUCAAGACUUACGGGGACUUUGUUCGAGUCAACGUUCAUGUGGAAUCUGAUGGCAAGUUUCAAGGUUCACUUGGACUCAUGGGAAGCUAUCCCGACGGUCAAAAGCUUGCCCGAGACAACAGCACCGUGAUUGAAGAUGUCAAUCAAUUUGGGCAAGAGUGGCAAACUCAAUUCCAUGAACCACAACUCUUUCACCAACAUGAACGUCGUAGAAGACGUGGCAGGAGAUGCCAAAUGCCUCGGACCAACAAUGCUGGCUUUCUUCAUCGGAAGAGGCGGCUGUUGGAAGGCCAACUGUCAAGAGAAGAAGCAGAAGCAGCAUGUGCCCAUGUCCAAGAAGCAUACCUUGAAUCAUGCGUCCAUGAUGUGUUGGCCACAGGCCAAAGAGAUUUGGCUGGUUCCUAUUGACGCAACCUCACAGAUAACCUAGCUGUAGAUCGCAGAUAUACCAUGCGUGCUAAUCGCUCGGAAACUUAGGAUCACUAUGAUUCCCAGCUUGCAACU